AUCGCAUCUUCAACACCGGACAUUCAACGGAGACGAACACCUGAGUCUAUCACUGUGUGCCUUCCAACACUAGACUCGCAUCCCAUUACUACUGCUACUGCGACGACGACGACGACGACGACGAGGGCCUCAUCACACUCGCAUAGCGCUUGAUCGUCUGCAAUGGCCGAGGAAAGCCCUCGCGCAGAGGGCUCUUCCUCGCGAGCCACAGCAUCUGUCACUGCUCCCAUCCCAAGCAAGGCCAGCGGAAUCUCGGCCUCCGGCAUCAAGGCAAGGUUUGCCCAGUAUGGCAGAUCAGGGAACAAGAACAGCACAUACUCGGUCCACGGCAGACAACCCUCGGCGACAGGUAAGGACGGCAGCAAUGAGCCCCCCACGCCGCCGCGCCCGGGUCCUGGGGAAAGAGCAACGUCUGGACUCAGAUCAUCAGGUGACGAGGCUUACAACGUCCCCGAGGGGACAACCUCUGCGACUGGAGCCACAGCCAGUAUACCGGGAAACCCCCUUGCGCCCCACAUCAACCUCAUCAUCAUCAGUCUUGUAGCAACGGCGUUGAUCUCCCUCUUCCUUUCCAGUAUUCAUUGGUCCCUCGGAGUUGUUACUAUAGGCACUGGCUCCUACAUCCUCUCUAAGGCCCUCGUGUCGCGGGGGGAGGAUGUAGCCUAUGCCACCCGCAUCGCAGACAACGAGGCCAAAUGGAACAAAGCCGAGAAGACCGAGUCCGUGGAAUGGAUCAACCACAUCCUCGGUCUUGUAUGGCCUCUCAUCACAGUGGACAUCUUUAUGCCUUUCAUCGACUUGCUUGAGGAUGCUCUGCAACUCCAAGUCCCAGGGAUCGUCCACGCCGUCAGAGUGGAAGAUCUGGAUCAGGGAGUCAUCCCGCUCAAGAUUCAGAGGUUCAAGGUUCUUGGUAGAGGAGAACAGGACUUUCUGCGAGAUCGUCAUGACACCCAGAUCGAAGAGCAGCCCGGCGGGGUGGAGGACAGCGUAGACCUCGGAGAGCAUGUAAACCUGGAAGUAGAUUUCUUCUACAGAGCACCUCCGCAGACCCGAAAGGGAUUCACAGUCAUGACCGCACACGCUGUGGAGGAAGGGAUCGGUCCCGAAGGCGAAGAUGGAACCAAGACUCCAGAGACCCCCUCAAGAAGGCCAUCACUAGAGGAGGAAGGAGAGACACCACCAGAGAUGAUCCAUCUCCUACUCUACCUCUCUAUCGGCUUACAGAAGAUCGCAGCUGUGGAGGUUCCCGUUUGGUGUGAAGUACUGGGUAUCGAAGGCAAAAUGAGGCUCAGACUACAGCUCGUACCUAACGCCCCUUUUGUCAAGCACGUAGGCUUCACCUUGAUGGGACAGCCCAAGCUCGAGAUCAAAGCCAAGCCGCUCGGCAGAAAAAUGGUCAUUGAUGCCAUGCAGCUACCGUUCUUAUCCACCUAUGUCCUCAAGUCGAUACAAACGACCGUUGCUCCCUUUGUCUCGCCCGGCUCAUAUACGAUUGACGUGGCAGCGCUUCUCGGUGCAGGAGCUGGGCCAAGGAACACCUAUUCGGUAGGAGUGAUCUGUCUGAUCCUCCAUCAGGCCUCAGACCUACCUGCAGCCGACACAAAUGGCUAUUCGGACCCUUUUGUAUCCGUCUCGUUCGCUAGAGCGGGUAAGCCGCUCUUCAGAAGCCGAGUCUUGCGGAGAACGCUGAGACCGACAUGGCAAGAGGUCGUGUUUGUUCCAGUAUCGCCCGACGAGGUCAGAGACCACGAAAAACUCAGAAUCACCGUCUUCGACGCCGACCGCUUCUCCGCUGACGACCCACUGGGUAAGAUCGAAAUCUCUGUUGAUCACCUGAUCCAGCGAGCACUGAAACGCUCAAAGGAUUUCAAGAGCUCCACGAUGAUGGAGACUCGGACAGACAAUCUUCAGCCCGUCAGAAGAGGUGGACAAGCGCAGGGACAGCUGAAGUACUCAAUUGUGUUCAGCAGACUGGUCCAGCCAGAGGGCGGUGACGGGGUGGCUAACACCCCUCGGCGAGCUCAGAUGAUGCAACAGACUGCCCAACGGGCCAGGACAAUGGGUGAGAAGCGGACCGACGAUGUCAAAGCGGAAGAAAGAAGUGGAGAGACAGAUGCCUUCCUGAAGGAGCAAGAACGCAACAACGGGGAUCUCGGCGAGUCUCCUCAGGCCAGGCCGGAAGAGCCCGAAUGCCUCGAUCAGUAUGAGACUGGCUUCGAUCGCUUUGUCCGCUCACUCGGCCUCCCAAUGGAUCAGCAUCUUCUCCAAGCUCGUAAGGCACGCCAUGACAGAGUGCGGAAGCUGGUCGGAAUGCUAUCGGGCGAGCAGGCAGCGAUUCUUGAGCCGCCUGACCCCGCUUGGCCAACUGGAAUCCUCGCUUUCCACGUCCACUCCAUACAGCAGCUUGAGGUCAGUCACACCCAGCGCAGCUACAAAUCUGCCAACCUUUCGGGAUCAGGAAGCGCGGAAGCGGCCAGCUCAAGCGGCGGCGGUAGUGACGGUGUAUCUCCUGCCGCCCAGAGGAUGCCAUCGAGCUACGUCCAGCUUUUCCUCAAUGACGAGCCGCUGCUGAAAACGAGGACAAAAACGUAUAAUUCGCGUCCGUACAUCAAUGCAGGCAGUGAGCGUGUUGUUGGUGACUACCGUACAGCUCGUAUGGACUUUGUCGUCAGAGACUCUCGACAGCGGGAGGGAGAUCCAAUUAUCGGUGUCGUGGGCUUCAAGAUUGCGGACGUACUGAAGGAGUCGGCAAGGAAGACUAACUGGUACACCCUCACUGGUGGGCUUGGCUACGGUAAGAUGCAGAUCACCUUGCUCUGGAGAUCUAUCCAGCUGCAGGUACCUGCCUCCCUACGAGGAUGGAACAUUGGAGUGCUAGAGAUCACGAAGCUUCAAGCGAGCGUCGGGCAGAUGUUCGAGGGAAAAGAUGGCUACUUCUACUUGCAGACGCCCGGCGGCAGGAAAGAACUCUCGGCUAUCUCUGCCAAGCGCGAGUCUGAUCAACCUGACUCGGCCUCCGGUCCUAGCAAUCGUUACCGGUAUGAUGUGGACCUCUCCUCGCGAACAAUACGCCUGCCUGUCCGACAGCGCUACCCUGGUCAGCUGGUUAUCGAGCUCAAAGCAGGGACAAGGACGCCGGGCCGUCGUCGUCCGCAAGCCGUCAUGUGCAUACCCCUGAGUCGCCUAGUCGAUAAUGCCGAAGCAUCCUUGAGGGUGCCAUUGUGGGUGUCUCAGGACUGGUACCAAGUCGAGCAAGGUGUCCUCAAGGCUACUUCUGCAGACGAGCAGCUUUUCGAGGGCGGAAGGGAUCAACACCUCAAAGAAGGCAACGAGAGCGGAGAACGCGUAUCAGCGCUAGAGGAGCUCUGCCACGGCUCGGCUGCCGACUUACCAGAGGAAUUGCCGUACGAUGGAGGCAAGAUGGUACGUGCUGGCUUCAUUGACCUUACGCUGCACUUCUUCAGUGGUCUAGGAGAAGAGCACAAGUCGUCCCUUGCGGGGGAUCACGAGUUGCGUUUCGCACACGAGGCAUGGCAGACCAUGGUCGAUUGUAAAGAGCGAGCUUUACCUAGGCGGGCUGGCAACGGCAGCAUGGCUAGGGGCAGGAGCGCUAGUAGUGCGAGCGCUGCUGGGUCUACGGGCCUGUAUGAGCCCUCCAUCAUUGAUCUUCAUGGCGACGAUGAUGAGGUUGCCGGGGACGAGGUAGACUCAGACGAAGAGCGACUGCUGAGAAAGAGGAUCCUGCACCGUCAAGAAAGAGGCGCUGCGCAGAUCAAGGGCUUCCGCACGGCCAGCUGGCUCAAGCAGAACCUCAACGAUGGAAUCGGUCGAGCCAAGCGGCUGGCCGGGGAACAAAGCAAACGACUCAGCAAGAUGGAGGACGAGGGCGUCUCGAGCAUUUGAAUGGGGAAGGCCCACACGUUGGGACACUCAUAAAUAGGAGGAGGUGGUGCUGUAUUUGUUUCCUUAGCUCUUCCCUCUGUAAUAGUAAGAUUAGCUACAGCCAUGCGCUGGGUAUAUUCAUCAUGCA